GCGCGAGGCAGGAGGUGGGAACCCGGGCUGUAGUGGGAAGAGGCGAAGCAAGAGGGCGCCGGCUGAGAGGGCGCCGCGGUGCUUUGUGGGAUACAGGCGGUGCUCCCUGGCUUCUCCGCCUCCUCCUCCUCUUUCUGGUCUUGGGUGCGGAAAGAGAGAGAGAGCGAGAGGGAGAAGGAAGGAAGGAAGGAGGCUGAGAAGGGGACCGAGUACCGAGCGGGCAGGGCAUGAAGAUGGCGGACGCCAAGCAGAAGCGGAACGAGCAGCUGAAGCGCUGGAUCGGCUCCGAGACCGACCAGGAGCCGCCCGUGGUCAAGCGCAAGAAGACCAAGGUGAAGUUCGACGACGGCGCCGUCUUCCUGGCGGCCUGCUCCAGCGGGGACACCGAGGAGGUGCUGCGGCUCCUGGAGCGAGGCGCCGACAUCAACUACGCCAAUGUGGACGGGCUCACCGCCCUGCACCAGGCUUGCAUAGAUGAUAACAUAGAUAUGGUGAAAUUUCUGGUGGAAAAUGGAGCCAGUAUUAAUCAACCUGAUAAUGAAGGCUGGAUACCUCUACAUGCAGCUUCUUCCUGUGGAUAUCUUGAUAUAGCAGAAUAUUUAAUUAGUCAAGGAGCACAUGUAGGAGCUGUAAAUAGUGAAGGAGAUACACCAUUAGAUAUUGCUGAAGAAGAGGCAAUGGAAGAACUGCUUCAAAAUGAAGUGAAUCGACAAGGGGUUGAUAUCGAGGCAGCUCGGAAAGAAGAAGAAAGAAUAAUGCUUAGAGAUGCAAGACAGUGGCUUAACAGCGGUCAUAUAAAUGAUGUUCGACAUGCAAAAUCUGGUGGUACUGCACUCCAUGUAGCUGCUGCCAAAGGAUAUACAGAAGUCUUAAAGCUUUUAAUACAGGCUGGCUAUGAUGUAAAUAUUAAAGAUUAUGAUGGCUGGACACCACUUCAUGCAGCAGCUCAUUGGGGUAAAGAAGAAGCCUGUCGAAUAUUAGUGGAAAAUCUGUGUGAUAUGGAGACGGUCAACAAAGUGGGUCAGACUGCAUUUGAUGUAGCUGAUGAAGACAUUUUAGGAUAUUUAGAAGAACUUCAAAAGAAGCAAAAUAUGCUUCAUAGUGAAAAAAAAGAGAAGAAAUCUCCCCUGAUUGAAUCAACAGCCAACAUGGAUAAUAAUCAGUCUCAAAAACCAUUUAAAAACAAGGAAACUUUAAUCAUUGAGCAAGAGAAGAAUGCAUCAAACAUUGAGUGUCUAGAAGAAGAAAAGGCUGAUGAAGAGGAGGAAGGAAAGAAAGAUGAAUCCAGCUGUUCUAGUGAAGAAGAAGAUGAGGAGGACUCAGAAUCUGAAGCAGAAACAGAAAAAAAUAAACCUACAACAAAUAAUACCAAUAUCACCAAUGUGCAAGCUGCUCCUAUAGCUGUGACAACGGCAUCUGUUCCUACUGGUCAAGUGACACCUACAUCUCCUGUUAAAAAGUAUGACUUUCUUCCUCCUAUCAUGCCUGUGGCGGACUCUGUAAACCCUACAUCAUGGAGGCAGGGCUUACGUAAAACUGGGAUUGUUCUAGUGCCCAGUAAAGGUGAAAAGUCUCUGUUCCCAAGUUCAACUAAGGUUUCUCCCAAAGAAGAAGAGAGAAAGGAUGAGUCUCCUGCUUCAUGGAGAUUAGGUCUUCGAAAGACUGGCAGUUAUGGGGCACUGGCAGAGAUUACAGCUAGCAAAGAAACUCAGAAAGAGAAGGACUCAACAGGAGUUAUGCGUUCAGCUUCAAGCCCUAGAUUGUCCUCUUCAUUAGACAACAAAGACAAGGAGAAAGAUACAAAAUCAACUAGACUUGCAUAUGUUGCACCUACCAUACCAAGACGGCUGGCCAGUACAUCUGACAUCGAGGAGAAAGAGAACAGGGAUACAUCAGCUAGUUUAAUACGUGGUAGUGGUUCUUAUACCAGACGAAAAUGGGAAGAAGACGCAAAGAAGAAUAUAUCAAAUGAAGGAUCUUCAUCACUAAAUACGAGCUAUCAGAGAAGUGGGUCCUUCGGUAGAAGACAAGAUGAUCUGAUUAGUUGUAGUAUUCCAAGUGUUACAUCCGUAACAACAGUUACCUCCCCAGCUGGUCUUCAAAAAAGCCUGCUUUCUAGUGCAAGCUCCGCUACAAAGGUUACAACGGGUUCAUCAACAGCAGGCAUACCAAGCAGUACCUCAAAUCGUUUAUGGGCUGAGGAUAGUACUGAGAGAGACAAAGACAAUGUUCCCACAGCAGUGACUGUUCCUGUUGCGCCAUCAGUUGUAAAUACCGCAACCACUACCACAACCUUGACUACAACUACUUCUGGCACUGUGUCCUCAACUUCAGAGGUCAGGGAGAGACGCAGGUCAUACCUCACCCCAGUUCGGGAUGAAGAAUCUGAAUCCCAAAGAAAAGCCAGAUCAAGGCAAGCAAGGCAGUCUAGAAGAUCAACACAGGGUGUAACAUUAACUGAUCUCCAAGAAGCUGAAAAAACUAUUGGUAGAAGUCGACCAACACGAACCAGAGAACAAGAAAAUGAAGAAAAAGAGAAAGAGGAAAAGGAAAAACAAGAUAAGGAAAAACAGGAGGAAAAGAAGGAAUCAGAAAGUAAAGAUGAUGAUUAUAGGCAAAGAUAUGCACGAACCAUAGAUGAGCCAUAUCAUCGCUAUAGAACUACAUCUUCAACUACUUCUACAGCUUCUUCAGUCGCCACGUCUUCUAGUUCUUCAGGCCAGUUAAACAGACCAAAUAGCAUUAUAGGUAUAACCUCUGCUUAUUCCAGAAGUGGAGCAAAGGAAACUGAGAGAGAAUCAGGAAAGAAAGAAGAAGAAAAAGAAGAAGAUAAAUCCCAGUCAAAAUCAAUAAGAGAAAGACGACGGCCAAGAGAAAAACGAAGAUCUACUGGAGUGUCUUAUUGGACUCAAGAUAGUGAUGAAAAUGAACAGGAUCAUCAAUCUGAUUCAGAAGAAGGAACAAAUAAAAAAGAAGUACAGAGUGAUAGCCUUUCAAGAUAUGAGACGGGGUCCUCAGGAGAUCGCUAUGAUUCUAUACUAGGACGGACUGGUUACAGUUACUUGGAAGACCGUAAAUCGUAUUCCAGUAAAUCAGAAAAAGAAGAUACAGCAGAUUUUAAAAAGCUUUAUGAACAGAUUGUAGCUGAAAAUGAAAAAUUGAAAGCACAGUUGCAUGAUACCAACAUGGAACUGACGGAUCUUAAGCUGCAGUUAGAAAAGGCAACUCAGCGGCAGGAAAGAUUUACUGAUAGGUCUCUACUAGAAAUGGAAAAAAGGGAACGAAGAGCUCUAGAAAGGCGAAUAUCUGAAAUGGAAGAGGAACUCAAAUUAUCUUCACCACUGAUACAUUUUCAGUAUGCUCAUUGAAUUCCUCUCAUCUUGGUUCCUGUUUCUUUGAUUUCUACAGAAACAAUAUCAAGUAAAGCAAGUUCAGACUUUGGGGCAUUUAAAUGACCGACUGCUGACUGAGAAUAGGGCCUUGACCAGAGUGGUUAUCAAGCUGCAGGCACCUACAUUCUGUGGACUUGUAAUUUUCCUUUUCCUUUCUUUUUGUAGCCAGGCACAUGUUAAACUUCUGCUAGUGUCAUGGCUUACAGCUCUUGCUAAUUAUGCUUAUGUGACUGAAGACUGGCUUAUUGCUUAAGAAAUAAGAAACUUUGUCUUUCAUUCUUGGUUUCCAGCAUUUUAGACCUGCCUGAUUCCAAACAUCUUGAUACUAGAGUUUAGUUUAGGAAAUUGGUCUUUUAGAUUUGUUAAGUUAUAGCUAGUACAUCUUAUAUUGGCAGUUUGUCUUUAUAUUAAAUUUUGUGAACAUCAGCCUACAGGUACUAGGGAGGUUAAUUUGAAAAUGGGAGUUAAUAUAAUCUAGUAAUAUUCUUUCCUUCAGAUGUACAUAAAAACAGUGAGGAACUGAACUUUUAAUCUUGAUCGUGUGUUCUCAAUUGUCCUUUCACUGGAGGCAAUGCAUGUAAGAAGAAAAGACUAGUGAUAGGAAAUGCUUCAAUCCUAUUAUCUUACAUUGACUGUAAAUGCAUUAAGUGGAAUCUGUCCUUUUGUCACUAUAACUAUAUAGAUAUAUGCCUGACUUGAGUUAAAUUUGGUAGUCGUAAAGACUUGUGAUGGUUUCAAUACCAGAAGCAUUUUGUGUUUUACAUGAAUUAUUUCAGUUAGUUCUUCCAAUUUACACCUCUGUCUUCUUGAGUAGGAAGGUCUUAGAUGUUUUGUCUGUCUCUUCAUUGGAGAAACCUCAUGCAUUUCCUCAGAUAAUUUCAAGAGAUAUGGAACCAAGAGAUAUGGAACAUAGGAAUGUACCUUUGUCUCUCUUCCAUAGAGUGUAGGAUUUUGAUAUCCAGGUUACCAUAGUUCUCCCAGGAGGUUAGCAAACGUGAAUAAAAAGUAUGUUUGUACACAGGUUGUAAAAUCAGUCAUGUGGUCAAGUUGUGGUGUUCAUAUGUAAACCGCUCCACUGUGUACAUACGCAGAAGUCAUAAAUUAGAUGGGGUGGAUACAGCUACUUUGCUAUGCUAAUACUCUGUGGUUGUGCAUGUAUGCUCUAAAAUACCAAAUGAGAAAACUGCUUCUAUGCAUUUGCUUCAUGUCAAGCAGUCUCUAGUUUAGCAAAGUCUAUAGCUAUUUCAGCAUCUAAUCCGGAAUGAACACACAGAUAUAAUAGCAUAUUUUAAAUUAAACUUUUAUUUAAGAUAAAGAUGUUAGAUCAUUUUUGAUACCCAGUACAUUGUCAGAUUAUCAGCUAGUGUAAUAUAUUGUUAAAUGUGUUGUAAUGUUUUUUAAGGGCUGGCAAGAACUCCGUUUUUAUUUUAUUUAUUUCGUUUACAAUGCAUAUCCUCCAUUCUUUUAAAAAAAAAGCAACACAGUAAAAGAUGGCUUUGAGAUAAAAAAGAAUAAAAACAAAAUGUGUUCCAGUAAUCAGCCCUGGAAAAACAUAAGGUUUUAUGACCAAAGCAUGGAAAACAAGAUGUAGGCUUUUGAAAUUUUGGAAAUCAAAGCCCCCUGCAUGGAUCAGCAGUCCCCUAGCACCAUCUGGGCCCUGUUCUCCAGGAAAGAUCAGAGCCAUUGUUGGAAAAGUACUCUCAAAGCCAGAAAGUUGUAGUAGUUGAUAGUGCUGAAAGCCACUAAGAGGUUCAGAAGAAUCAACAGGGUCAUGGUUCAGUUGACAAAGACAGUUUCAACCAAGUAGCAAAAUUGGAAAACUGGUAAUUAUUCAAGAAAAUCUAACACUGUUUGAUCACACUCUGUAACAUAAGAUGCCAAAGGUGGUUUCUUUAGGAGAGGCUUACCGCUUGAGUGAGGACACUCAGUGAGGCAUUUAUCACCUCCAUGCCUUAUCUUUUGCUGAAAGAAUAUUGUUUACACAUAUAGUGGGCCUCAUUCCUUCUAGGAGUACAACCAUUUUCAUAUUGUACAGUCUCUGAAGUAUCUUCAGGAUAUUGACUUGAUGGAGCCUCAAUAUUACUAUCUCAAUAGAUUUUGUCAUAACACUAGCAUCUCAAAUGUAUGUGAGUUUUUUUCUGUUUUCAGAAGAAGCCAAAUUAGUGUGUGAUUCCAAUAAUUUUAAAUGGUUAAUGGGAAGCCUGCCUAUUUAUAUUAGUACAUACUUAAAACCAUAUAAUUCUGUGAGUUGGUAAAGUUUAACCAUUGAUCUUUUUAAAAUCAACAAACACUUACAAAUGUAUGUCUAUUUUAAUAAAUAUUUAAAAGUUUUUAAAAAUCACAUUGAGAGCCUUUUGAUGUUGUAUUGAACAUUGCUGUAGCAGGUUUUAAACACAUACAUAAUAAAUGAGCUCUUGUUAGAUGUGCUGAAAAUAUCUACCUUUGACUUCCUGGCAAAUAUUAGGUGGACAGAAGUUUAGUUAGGCAAAGGUGACCUUCCAUCUUAGGAUGGCUUUCUCUUGCUAGACACUGCUUGUCCAGGACAGGUACUUGUAGCAGAAUCUAUGCUGUAAUGUCAGGGCUAGGAAAUUCUAUAUUUGGCCCAGGUUUGUGCUUCUUCUGUUUCGGUAAAACUCUCUGGAUGAAUAUAAAGCCAAGAAGAAUAUAAUAGUAGAGCUGUUGUGUUCUUGAAAGACAGGGUUUUUUUCUGCGUGUUUAUGUCAGAUGCCUGCUGAAAUGGUGAAAUGUUGAUGAUGAUUUCCUUCUAAAACUCGUUAAACUUUCAUUUUCCCCUGCUUUUGAGAGUAUGGAAACUUGAUUAAACCUGUAUGGGAUUGUUAUGUUACUUAGAACAAAGCAGUGGCCAUAUAAUUGAAGAAAGAUGAUUAAGUGAAUGUUCAAGACUGGUUUACUUAAGUGGAUAGGAAAUGACAUUAACAGGUAUAUCGUGUAACGUAUCUCAAUUUAUGAAGCAUUAUGUUUUGUGUGCAAUUCUGUUCUUUUUAGGAUUGAAAUGGAUAGCAUGCUAUGAAUUCCCUGAAAUUCCUCCCAUUGCUCCAUGUAAACAGCUUUCUGCAUGCUUGAGCAGGACUGGCUAAAUCUGUAGAGGAUUAUUUUAUUUAAAGCUCUAGUUUGCAGUAAUAUUCUUAGUAUACAUGUAUAUUGCAAAUUCAAUAAUUUGCUAGUGCAGAUAAGCCUUGCCUUCUGAGCUAUUAGUUGGAUGUUGGGUGGUAUUUGCAGGAAAAGGAGGCUAAUUGUCUUUGGACUGGUAUUUAUAAUUCUGUUCUU